AUGGCUCAAGCAGGCACGGAGCUAUUUGCAACGUCUUGGACUCUGCAUCGGCUAUCGCCUUUGUACCACGGCCAGGACUCUGCCAAACCGCUCCUCGACGCGCCAGAAUGCAUUCGCCAAUAUGCGGAUCGACUUCGCGACACGCUUACAGGCAAUGUACUGGGCGGUAUUGUCCAGUCUGCGGUGCCAUCUACUAGCGCUACGGCCCUUGAUGAUGUGCUAUCUAAAGCUGGAGCAUUGCAGGAGUGCAAAUGGACAAACAUUCCGACAUGGAGCUACUGGAAUGAAGAACAUUCUAUACUAGAAGACCCGGACCAGGAGUCUCCCCUAGUUCUUACUUCAGACCAAUCUGCGGGGAUUCUUAUUACUCUACAAUACGAGAAUACCAAUUAUAAAGCUGUUCUGUUGGCCGGGCCAGAUGGAUAUCGCCACGAGGACGUCCGCGGAGCAGAAGGCACUACAUUUCUACCAUUGCUGGUAACGCGAAUGCCAAACGCGUUGAGGCAGGCGCUGAUAUCUUUCUUGUCUGAGACAUUUGACACUCGAGUCUCCCUAUUGCGUCUCCCUUCGAGCUUCUUAUGCAGUGCUCUUGAGAAAUAUUUAGCGACGCUCAAUCGCGGUAGCAUCCGGGCGAAUAGACGCGCAGGCCAGACAUCGACAUCAACAGUGGAAUCCCGCGCGUUUAUAGAGUCUGUUGUGAAAGAAGUGCAGUUAACACUCUCAUUCCCACCACCUGUCUCUACGGACCUGAAAUUGCUUGAUGUACAUCUUCCACGCGAAUCUUUGAGUGCAUUCUACGCUCAUGGCCUUGGAGCUCUUGAGACAGAUAACGACAACAACAAUGAUAGUGGGGAGAUUGGGGUCCCAACAGCACCAUUUUUAACUGCUUUUUCGAAAUACUUUGACCAUAAUCUUGCUAUGAAGCUGGACAUGACGGAUUUUGCGGGGAAAUCUACCACCUCAACAGGAAGCAGUACGAAGGGAAAGCUUAUCAGGUUGACAAAAGUCUCUUGUGGUGCGUUUGUACUUGGUUCAGAAGGUAGAAUAAAAUUGCUUGCCAACCCCGGUCGUGCUAUCCUUUUGGAUGAUUCUGAUAUCGAAGGAGAGGGUGACGGGAUUGAUAUCGAUGAAAGACACAAGGGACUUGUGUGGAGGGCGAACGAGGAUUUACUACGAGCUUUGAUUGCAAGGGCCGUGGGAGAAGGCAGGAUGGAAGUCAGGGUUUGA